AUGGAUCCGAUCCAUCUUUUGGAUGAUGUCGCUGACGCGGAUAGUGUUGCAAGUGACGUGAAGCCGACAGUUGCUCCAUCAGUUCCUGCGGAGGAAGGAUCUUCGGAAGUUCUUCGUGAGACUAGCGGCUUGGAUGAAAACCUUGCAGCUCCAAAUGCAGUUGACGAUGUAGCAAUGGAGGGAACCUCCACAGAUGCAGUUGGCGGUGAAGAUCAUUCGGACGUCCAAAGUCUACUCAGUGAAAUAGUUGCUCUUCCAGUAAAAUGUCUUGCCUUAAUCACAGUCGCAGCAGAUAAGCUUUGCAACUUAGGUCACGCAAAGUGUAACAUUGAGGAAGAGCUGCUCGACAUUAAGGAAAAGUGCAGAGAGCUGUCUACAAGAAAUAGUGAACUACAGUCCCAAGUCGCCAGCAGCAUGGAGGACGUAAAUGAGAGAUCGCGUCUUUAUCGGCAACUUGAAGCCUCACGAAACGAACUUGCCAUGAAAAAGAUGGCGCUCGAUUGUGAUUUGGAACGAUUGAAGCACGAAAAAGAAGAACGCGAUGCUGCCAUCCGCACUCUUACAAAAGAAAAACACCUUAUUGCAACUGAGAACUUCGCUCUGAAAGACGAGCUUCAAAAGGCGCUGAAUGAGAAGGCAGCUUUAACUCAGGAAAAGAACAGCAUAGAUCAAGAAAUGCGUAGUGUCCUGGCAGAGCGAGAACGUGCGCGUGCAGAAAAUGAAAUGUACACGAACUCUCGUAAAUGGUUCCUCCAAGGAACUGGCGCAGAAGGAUAG